AUGAGUUUUAGAAAGAGAAAUAAAUUAAAUUUGAACAAAUCACUAGGUUCAGAAACAAAAUCUAUCAAACGUAUUAAGACAUUUGUUGAUUAUGAAGAUGAAGAGGAAGUUGACAGCAGGAUUUUGACAAGAGAUAAUAUUAAAUUUAAUAAGACUAAACUACCAAGCAUUCAUAAUCAAAAGAAUAGUAUACCUUUACUUACUUCAAGUGAUAAUGAAGAGUAUAUUAUAGAAAAUAAUGAAGAGUCAAAUCUAAAAUACAAUCAAUUAUAUAAUAGAAAAAAUCGUUUAAACGAGAUACCCAAUGAAAAUGUUGCGAAUGCAAAUGACAACUCAAAUGAGAAGACCAAUGCCAUUAUUAUCAAUAUUGAAGAAAUGGAACAAAAUGGCCUUAUUGAACCAGAUAAUGAUGAUAGGGGUCCUAAAAUGAAACCUUCAGUAAAGAAAAUGGAUAAAUACAAUUCUAAAUCAAAACUUAAUGUAAUGAAGGAAGAAAAACUUUAUGCUAAAUUACUUGAUGAUGAUGAUAAAAUAGAAAUAAUGGAAAUCAUCGACAAGCAGGGAGGUUUGGAUAAAGAUAAUGAUAAAGACGCUUCAGGAUUCGAUUUUAAUAUGACAGAAUUUGAAGAUGAUAGACUGGCAGUGACAGAUAGAGAAAGACAAAUAUAUAAAAUGAAAAGAAAGAAAUUGAUCGAAGAAGCUUUAGAGGUAAAUCACUUGGAAGACAAUACUCGUCCCAAUUCAAAUGAGUGGGAAGAUCAACAGUUAACUAAAGUAUUCAAUAAUGAACAUUUAGUUGCUGAGAAAAAGGACUCUCGAAUAAAAGCAUUGCAAUCACAGUUACCACAUCCCAUCAUAUUGGAAGAUCCAACAAAUAUAAUUGAAUAUAUUCGAAGCAUACAAAUAGAUUUAGAAAAGAAGAAACAAAUGCUCAAAAUCCAACAAAUUUCAUUAUCUAACGAAGUUAUAACUCUAAAUGAAAAAAUUGAUUCUAUAACCAAAGGACUAAACGAUCUUUAA